CCCGGUAAGAAAAUCCAAUGGCUCAGAAGCACGCGACCACCCUCAUCAAAUCACUGUGCGCCGGCGGCGCGCUCCGCCACGCACGGGCGGUGUUCGACGAAAUGCCCGACCGGGACGUCGUGGCGUGGACGGCCAUGCUCUCCGGUUACGCCUCCAACGGCUGCCACAGCUACGCGCUGGACCUCUUUCGGCGCAUGCUCGCGGCGGGCGUCGGUCCCAAUGAGUUCACGCUGUCCAGCGUCCUGACCGCGUGCCGUGGCGGCGCGGCGGACGGCGGUUGCGAGCCGUCAUCGUUGCACGCCGUCGCGGUGCGUCGGGGCGUGGAUCACAUGCCGUACGUAGUGAACGCGCUCAUCGAGGCCUACGCAUCCUGCGAGGAGGGCGUGGGCGUGGAGGAAUCGAGGAAGCUGUUUGAUGCGUUGGGGAGCGGACGCACGGCCGCGUCGUGGACGUCGAUGGUCGCAGGAUACUCCCGGUGGGGGCAGGAGCAGACGGGGCUACAGUUAUUCCAAACGAUGAUUCAGGAUGGCAUUGAACUGAGCCCGUUUACAUGCUCUAUUGCACUCCAUGCAUGCGCUUCAAUAGCCAACUUAUGUGUCGGACAGCAACUUCAUGUACUGUGCCUAAGGAAAGCUUUCAAUGCAAACCUCACUGUUGCCAAUUCUCUGAUCGACAUGUACUGCAGUUGUGCAAACCUUUUGGAUGCAAGGAGGCUUUUUGAUGAAAUUCCCGAGAGGAAUUUGGUCACCUGGAAUACCAUGAUUGCUUGGUAUAGCCAAUGCAAUCAUCUAAUGGCCUUGCAGCUUCUUCGUGAAAUGAACCUUCAGCCAAAUUGUUUUACCCUGACUAGCAUUACAUCAGCCUGUGCUGGUCUUGCAUCUCUGAGAUUCGGGCAGCAGGUCCACGGGGCUGCGCUACGGAGAAACUAUGGCAAGGACCUACAAAUGUGCAAUGCUCUUGUGGACAUGUACUCUAAGUGUGGGAGCAUAGCCAAUGCAAAGAAAAUGUUCAACAUGAUGGAUUACAAGGACAAAUUAUCAUGGACAUCAAUGAUCACUGGGUAUGGAAUGAAUGGGUACGCAAAUGAGUCCAUACAACUUUUCACUUCCAUGAUACAUGCUGGAGUGCACCCUGACCAUGUUGUGUUCCUGGGCCUGAUAUGUGCUUGCAACCAUGGUGGUUUAGUAGAUGAAGGAUGGAACUUCUUCAGGUCAAUGACUUCUGAGUAUAAUUUGCAGCCCAACAAGGAGAUUUACGGCUGUGUCACCAAUCUCCUUGCUCGUGCAGGGAGGCUGAGAGAAGCAUUUGACCUUAUCCAUAGAAUGCCAUUUGCUCCUGAUGAAACUGUCUGGGGAGCAUUGCUUGGUGCCUGCAAGAUGCACAAGAAUGUGGAGCUCGGGAGAUUGGCUGCAAGGAAGAUCAUCGAGAUCAAUCCUGAUAGGGCGAAGACUUACGUCCUACUUGCGAAUAUAUAUGCUGCAGGUAACAAAUGGGGUGAGUAUGCUGACACAAGGAGGCUGUUGAGAGGCAUAGGGAGCAGGAAGGAGGCUGGAACAAGUUGGAUAGAUGUAACUGAUAAGAUCUAUAGCUUCACCACAGCUGAUAGUAGCAGCCCUCAAGUUAGUUUGGCAGAUGAGGUAUUGCAGAUCUUGGCUCGACACAUGCAUGAAGCUUUAGCAGAUUCUUCUCACAAAGUUUUCAGAGUUGCAUGAUUAAUUUGUGCUUGGAGGGUUUAUCAGUCGGAACAAAACACUUGCAGAAAUAGAUAUCAGAAGUUCAGGCAAAUUAUUGUAAACUCAAUUUAGAGAAAAUUCAGCGCAGAUGCAGUGUUCUUCCAGUAAAUGUUUUGAUAAUCGGGCAGUGAAAUCUGGGUGGAAGCGGCACUAGCUCCUUUGCUGCACUUAUCAAAUAGCUAGUGAUGGAAAGAAAACUGCCACAGUGAGUUAUGCAGUAAGUAUGGCUGCUCUAACUACGGUCUGAAUUUGAAGUCCUAUGUUCUGCAUAUAUGUGAUGCUAUGUUAGGCUUGAUCUCUUUGUUUCAAACCUGGAAGAAACCUAGCUGAAAACGACCUCUCACCUAAAAGCUAGAGCAAUACACAGAGUUAAAAUCUUAAUUGGCUGCAGGCUCUUGAUCAUCUGUUACUCAAUGGCGUAUGGACUGCGGAAUUCUCGUCGCUUUGUGCUCCUCUUAAAGGCUCCUCUUAAAGGUUGUACUUUGUCGAGCUUCAUGCACUAGCCAAUGCAACACAAAAAUUGAUUUGAUACACUUCAACCAACCUCCAACACCCCCCCCCCCCUACCAAUGUUGUAUGGAGUACGGAAUUUCCCAUUGCUUUGUGCCCCUCACUCAAAAAUUGCCCUUUGUCAAGUUUCAUGCACUAGCCAAUACAGCCAAAAGACCGAUCUGAUAGAAAAGAUUAUGCAAACCACUUAUACACUUCAACACCCCCUUCACGUGUGAUGGGGAAGACAAAUCAACACAUGCAAACUCAGAAGUAUGGCUCAAGAUGCCAAUACAUGGACGGAGGGACAACAACAAUUUUAGGAUAAAUUGCGAAAUCCAGGACUUGAACUCAAAACCUUGGCUCUGACACCAUGUCUAGCUUCAUGCAAUAGCCAACACCUCAAAAAACCGAGCCACUAAUACACUUCAACACCCUCGUAAUGUUUUUUUUGUCAUUGUUCAUAACUACAUAGAUGAAUAGAAUAGGUAAGGGUGGUUUCUGUUAAAUGAUUUCGUUGGGAGCGGAAAGCAUAUAUAUACUUGUGGAUCUUCAUUUUCAGUACAAAUGGUUCAAAAAUCAUGAAUUCACUGAAUUGUGUAGAAAUUUUGUAAACAGUGUUGUUCCCACAUGAAACAAAUGGAUUGUUUCUAAGUGGUUUGAGUUAAUGGAAAUUUUUCUAUGAAAAAUCUCAAGAAAAACGAUCCUACAAAUCAGACAACACCGGAAUUUUCAGGCGACUUUGUAAGAAGCAGUUGACAUGUUAUUCCUAUAGGGUGACCGCCUAUCAGGCCUGCUGUUAUUCAGCACAACAAUUAACUCCAGUUACUAUCAUUAUUAUUGUUAUUAGAGAAUGGUGCCUAUGUGUAGUCAUUUUAAUCAGAGAAGAAAAAUAUGCUAGUACUCCAGUAAAGAAAGGUAAGUGAAAAUAUUCAACGGAGCUGAGUGCUGUCGAGUACAUGUAUGAAAACGGCAGUGUUAUCAUAUUUCCGUAUUUGAGUUUCUAUACCUAUGCAUUUCAGUAAAUAUGUUCUACCUCUAUAAUGCUUCUAGAAUUCUUUCGAAAGCACAAGUGCACUAUUUGAAUAUAGGGUGCAUAUAAUCCUAGAAGAAGAUUCGUUCUCACAUUAUUGUCCUGCUAUUGUUUGCCAUCCGCCCCUUUGUUCUUUUUCUUCCUUUCCUUUUUAUGAACGAGGCAUCUGUUCAUGAAAGACCUCACCUGUCACCACGAGUUGGCUCAUUAGAUACGGUAUACAAUUUGUCAAGUUGUUAUAUAUCUUAAAAAAGCUCAAGAUAAUCAAGUAGUAAAAUCAUGGCCUUGGGUCAUGUGGAGAACAAUCAACCUUCAACUGUGAGAAGAGUUGAUCCAUAUGCACUCCUUUGUGAGUUUGUAUGCUUGCCAACUUAAAAAAAAUUCUCAAAUACAGCUUGGUAUUGCAAUAUGUGAAAUUAGAAUUUUAGAUACAUGUCCCCUAGCUAAAAAGAAAAGAAUUUUAGAUACAUAUACAAAAAUCAUUAAAAAUUAUAAUGAUAUGUGCACUGUACAAAGGAAAAAGAUAGUAAGUCGUUAUGAAACAGGAAGAUGUUCUUGUAUUUUUUUUCUAUACUAUUUUGUACCAUACACAGAUGAUCAUAUAUUUUCACACAAUUGUUUUUGUACAUGCACCUGAAUUAACAUUUGUAUUUUGUAGCAUGAUGCUUUUUUUUACGAAUGCUUUUAGUUGCUCAAGAGUUAGUAACUGCAGAAGGAUGCACAUGAACCUAGUUUCAGAAUUUAAGCUCUAUUAAUCAUAUCCGUAGCUUGUUAGAAGACAAAUAUAUUUGUAUCCACAAAUCUGCCUUGGCCUAACAUAGAUUAAGGGCUGUGGAUCUGGCGUCUAGGAUGCAGAUUUUGCUCAGGCAAGUGGUGGCAGAGGAAGGAAGUUGAGGUGGCCACCGCGGAAUGGGUGAAGGCGUUUGCUGUGCCAGACGUAAUUGGGUUAUGGAUGCCGGGGCGGCAGACAAUGUUGAUCCUCAGACGGUCAGAAGUGAUCAGAAAUGUUGGGUUCUUGAGCCACGUCACACUUCCACAUGUGUCGGGCGACUCAAACCUACUCGUCUUAUAGCGGUUUUGGCUUCUCUCCCCUUCAGAGGGUGGUGGUGCAUGCUUUGGCGAAAUUUCAUCCGUGCUCCUUCGGAUCCUGGCGAGGUCUUUCAAACCCUCUCUAGUGGGUCACGAUCACGCCGGGUCUGGCUUUGCUUAGUGGAGGGUGUGAUGUGAUUUUCGAUGUGGCUAGGGUCGUUUUCAGCUGCAUCGGCGUGUAGGUGGUGCAUUUGUCUCAUCGUUUCGAUUCUUAUGUCAACCUUUGGGGGCUUUGUUCGGUUUUUUCUAAUUAACUGUACAAUUCUAUUUCUUUUAUAAUGAAAUGCAUGAACUUUCUGUC